AUCAAAAAUCUACAUUUUCUCCUCAAUCUCUCUCUUCCUCCCUCCUCCAGAUUUAGCCCUAAACCGUUACUUGCCCCCCUCUCUCCCCUCUCUGGAUUUUCCCGGAAAAUUAAACCAGAAAGUUUUCCUCGUAUUCGGUCUCUGAUAAUUCGCUGACCCCUCUCCAUGGAAUCCGAUUCGUCGAUUUAGGGGAGAUACAGAAACCUCUAACCUAGUUGCUCCCAGCUCCCUUGGUCAGAUUCGAGAUUCCUUGAUUCUUGCUUGCUUCUCGACUUAAUCAGGAAACAGGGAGAGGGAGAGGAAGAAACGGAGGAGAAACUCUUUCCCUCGAUUUCUCUCCUGAAUCAACAAACACCAAUCGUCUUCUUCUUCCGUUGACCAGAUCUUCCAUGCUACAAUCCGAUUCAACUAUGCGCUGAACGGCAAAAGGAAGAAGAGUCGUUUCGUUUCGAUCUGGAUCGGUGAUUAAUGGAGUUUUUGAAUUUGAAUGUUUUACUUCUCGGUAUGAUUCUCAGCUUCCUCUUCGUCCAAUCACAACAAGGUCAAGCUCAAACUGUAUCACCACCUCCUCCUCUGCUCCAGAAUCUCUCGCCUCCUCCUCCUCCGCCAUUGAAACAAUCAGGAGACAAUACACCGCCACGUCCUCCUCCACCGAGUCCUCAAGCUAACACGCCUCCGCCGCCUCAAAACAGCAUUGGCAUUCUCAUUGCUCCUCCGCCACCUCCUUCACCGUCACCACCGCCUCCGCCUCAUUCUCCACCUUCACCAUCGCCGCCGAUUCCAAAACCCCCUCCUCCGCCGCGUGCUUUAGCUUCUCCUCCACAACCUAACAGAAACAAAUCACGGAGGCUACGGCCGCCAUCUCCACCGCCACCACGGAUCUUCAAGCAGCCGGAGAAGAGUGGAUUAAACACAGGGAAGACGGUGGGUCUUGUAUUUGCUGGGUUCGCAGCGAUGCUGCAGAUAUGCGUUGUUACCUUCUUGGUUUUCAAAAGAAAGCAGCUUUUAAGGAUGACACAUGCUUGCUGAUUCCAAAGGGAGAAACUUUAUUGAAUUUUCAUCAUAGCCUUUCUCCCUCCUUAUCGGAUCAUCAAGACUUCCUCUGUAAAUGGGUACAUUCUGGGUUUGACAAAGUUCAUUUUUUUCUUUCUUUAUAAUAUUUUUUUGUUCUUUUUUUAAGGUCGUGUAGGUUUUGUUUUUCAUUUUUACGUGCCUAAUGAUGCUAACUAGAGUGAAAAACAGAGAGGUGUCGAGCGAGUGAGAAAGAACGAGUGGCUCUCAAGUCAUGUAAUAUUGUUCUUUUAAGCCAUUCUGUGAGAAUGUUCAACACCAGAAAAAAAAAAGGAUAUAUAAUAUCAUUUUGUGAGUUCGUUCCUUUGAAUAUUCUUGUUUUACAUUCUCAAAAUGAUUCAGGGUUGUACACAAAUCCUCUGUUUAUGCAUAUUGUGCGAUAUAUCGUGUGAUGUUGUAGUGAGAAUCGUGGCAGAGUAUGGUAGGAAGAUUCAAGUUUCUUUCUCUAUGUUUUGCUUUUCUUAGACACAACAGGUUAUUUGUCAAUUUCUCUCAGGUAUGAGUUUGACGUUUGAGACAUUUUUUUUUAGGUAGGAGGAACCGAUUAGGCUGUAACCUGUAAGUGAUAGCUCUUCAAAACAGAAAACAAUGUUAAG